UACGCGAUGGCCGCUCGUUUAACAUUAUUUUGUUUUAGGACAUAAACAAAUAUUUCGUGAAAUAUUACGCUUUGUAUGGUAACUACACAGCACCGGGAAAGUAUCGACAUUGUUAUAACUGAGCUAUUGUGCCCACUGGCAAAAACGGAGUUACCUUUUCAGUUUGGUACUCAGUGUUUUUCCCCGUUCGUCCUAGGCCUAGCUUCACUUGAGCGGCGGGUUGGUAGUUUCGGAUGAAGCGGGCAAUCGGUUUGAAAGAGGCAGGUUCGGUUAGGCUAGUGAAUGACGUUUAGCAAGCUAACUUAGGUCGAUCUUUGCAUCGUUGUAUAGAAAUAAUAUUUUGAAUAACCACUUUCAAAUGUAUGAAACUUAACUAGCUAGUUGGGAUUUGAAUAGCUAGCUAGGUAACAAGCUAACUUGUUAAAUGAAACUGAGUAUGGUAGCAGCUAACGCUAGCUACACAUGCUAAUCUAGUUUAGAUAUAGCUAGUUAGUCAAGGUGAUACGAGGUAUAUAACUAACGUUACAAUAAGCUACCGUAGUUAUCUAAAUCAUAACUAGUGGGUUGAAAAUAGUGUAAUCCUAUCAAAACACAGCUAGUUAGCGUGUGACGUUGUCAUUGUUUUGACAGCAGCACCAGGCUGGAGCGAGUUUACAGUAUGCCAGAGGUAGGUUACCAUGACAAGAACUGACGUUUGACGCUACAUUUAUGUGAGCUGUUUUAUCAAAGAAGGUUUUCUAAAACAUGGUUUAUUUAACCAAAUACGAGUAUGUAGCUAGCAUCAUGUAUACUUGUGCCUGUUAUGAGGAUACAAAAUUAUGGUAACGUUAGUGACAAAACACUUAAUUCAGUUGCAUCUCCCACUUCACUCUUCCAGUUAUAGCAUGGAUCCAGACAGUGAGCCGGAUACACAACGAGCUCUCAGUUUGCAAUGGAAGAGCUAUAAGCUCGUCCAAGACCCAUCCAUCCGGAGGGUUAACAACAAAAUAUACCGAUAUGACGGGGUGCAUUUCAGUGUGCCGGACUCGGGGUUCCCCCCAGUGGGAGAUUUGCGGGACCCUCGACCUCGUAGAAUCUGGUCCAGGCACACAGAGAUGGCCCUGCCAGUGCCCAAGUUCAAACUGGAUGAGUUCUACGUGGGCCCCAUUCCCCUCAAGGAGGUGACCUUCGCUCGCCUCAAUGACAACAUCAAGGAACCCUUCCUGGCCGAGAUGUGCGCAAAGUUUGGAGAGGUGGAGGAGAUGGAGAUAUUGUUUCACCCUAAGACCCGUAAGCACCUGGGCCUGGCCCGCGUGCUCUUCACCAGCACCAGGGGUGCGAAGGACACGGUCAAACACCUGCACAACACCUCCGUCAUGGGUAACAUCAUUCACGCUCAGCUGGACAUCAAAGGCCAGCAGAGGCAGAAGUAUUAUGACCUGAUAGUGAGUGGCUCCUACACGCCCCAGACUGUGCCCACAGGAGGCAAGGCCCUGACAGAGCGGUUCCAGCUCCCAGCGCCAACACAGCCAGACACGUCGUCAGAUAUCAGGCGGAGACUGUCCUCUGAGAUAGCUGGCCUGGCUGUGGGCUUGGCUGCAGGGGUACCGGCUCUCACCCCUGGGAGCACCACCCCCUGCUCUGUGGACACAGGCUUCAGUGAGCAGCGUCUAGACACGACCCCCUCCUCUAUGGGGGGGCCCUACACCCCAGGCUCCUCCGCUUCCUCGCAGGGAGGAGGAACGCCCUACACCCCUCGCUCUGUCUCACAGGACUCUGGCUACGCUGUUGCCAGACAAGUUGGAUACAGUGCUGGCCCAUUGACCAGUGGCUACCCUCCCCAGGACAUGCUUCCGUCCUCCUCCUGCUCCUCCUCUACCGUCUCCUCCUCAGUCGGGACAUACAAAGCUCCCCGGUACUCGGAGGACCCCCAUGCACCUCCUCAAGACCCCUACCAAAGGUGUCGCCCCACAUACCCCCCUACUGGCCCUUUCCGUCCUAACGAGCCCCCGCUCUACCCCACAUACCCAAACGCUGGAGGGGCUGGACAGCACAUGGCACACCACCCUGCAAUGCCUCCCCCACCUCCUGCACCCCAGUACGAGCAGCCUUCUUUGGCAGACCGGGACAGAGAGAGGGACAGAGAGCGGGACAGGGACUCAGGAGGGCGGUACGGUGCCGGUGGGAUUGGCUCUAGAAGGUCAUCUUACCAGGAGGCCAACUCUUCCUCCAAGUAUUCCCACCACUCGCAUCACUCAGAAAGGGAGAGGGGCUACAGACGGGACAGCCUGGGCUCCAGAGAACACGGCAGACACCGUAACCACCACUCACACAAUCACAGCAGCAGUAGUAGUAGCAGCAGCAGGCGACGGAGCAGCCACGACCGAGACAGCAGGGAGAGGGACAGAGACAGCGACUACUCAAACAGCUCCGACCCCAGAUUCAACUCCAACUCCCACCGCUCCUCCUCCAACAGCCUGUCCCCGCCUCCAUCUGCCUACCCCUCCUACUCUUCCUCCAAAGACCAACCCCCUCCCCACAACCCCUCUGUCUCCUCCCGCCUAGAGCCCUCCUCAGUGUAUCGUGCCCAGCCUAGUGGUGGUGGUUCUGGGGAGAGGGGGUCUGUGUCUGACAAGGACCCCCGAUCCCACCACACCCCUCUGCCGCCCCCUCCACCACCUCCCCUCCCCCCUGCCUCUGUGAUAGCAGCGGCUGUAGCAGAGACGCUCAGCGCCCUUGACUUUGGCCAGGAGAGCCCAGUCAGAGAGGAGACGUGGACCAAGCCCAAACGCCGGCCCACCACCCCACCUCCCCCUCCUCAGCAUCCCUCCACCCCUCCCUCUUCUCCACCCCACUCCUCCAUCGCUUCCUCCUCCACUUCACCCUCUUCCACCUCCCUCCCACACCAUCUCCCCUCCUCCACUUCCCUCUCCCCACCCCCCCAGCGAGACUCCUCCUCACCGGAGCCAGAUUCCACCAAUGAGAGCCUGCCAUUUGUCUACCAUAGCAGCAGCUUAGACUCUCGUAUUGAGAUGCUCCUGAAAGAGCAGAAAGCUAAGUUCUCCUUCCUGCCCUCUGAUGAAGAUGAGGAAGAGGACAGGAAGGAAGAAAGGCAGAGAGAGAAGGUGGCAGCAGCAGGAGAGGGAGGAGCAGCAGGCGAGGGCAGGAGCAAUAAGCAGAGGGAGCAGGAUGGGGAGAAAGACAGGCGGAGGAGACAAGGAGGAGAUGGAGGCCAGCAGAGGAGGAAAGGAGAGAGGGAUAGAGACGGCCGUAGAGGGAGGAAGCAGAGAACGGGGGGAGAGGGGAGGAAGAGUCCCACUGUAGUAGCACAAGCUACCCCCUCCUCCUCCACCUUCUCUCCCCGCGUCCCCACCACAGAUGACCAUACUAGUCUCCAUGGAACAGGACCUCUGCAGGAGGAGACAGCCCAACCUGAGCCUAUUGAUCCAAGGACCAGACAAGGGGCACAGACACCCCCCUACAACGGAAAGAGUCAGUCAUCCCCUCAUUCCUCUGGGGAAGACAUGGAGAUCUCCGACGAGGAUGAAGAACACACCAUUACAGCAGUGACCACCCACCACGCCACUCCUUCCUCCGUCUCUUCUCCAUCUUCAUCCCAGGCCCCCCUGCCCUCCCAGACAGACCCCUCUGCCUCCCCCUCUGACCCCACACAGCACUUUGGCACGUCCAUGCCUGCUCCACCCAUCCCCUCUUACCCCCCUCACCUCCCUCCCCCGGGAUUUUCCCUGCAGCCCCCUCCACCCCCCUGCAUCCCCCCACCACUGGGCCACAUGGAGCUGCACUCUGAGUACCCUCCUCCCAUGCCCCCACACAUGUAUGACUAUGCCAGCAGUAUGGAGCUGAUGAACCAGUACAGUGGCGGAGCCCCCAUGUCCUUCCAGAUGCAGACCCAGAUGCUGAGUCGGCUGCACCAGCUGAGGAUGUCCUCUAAUGGCACCGCUGCCCCUGGCGACGCCCCCCCUUCAGACUACUACCACUCCAUGCCCCCUCCCCCACACCCCCACCACCCCUACAUGGACCAAGAAGGGGGUGGCUACGACCAGGACCAGCACUACAUGUCCCCCCACUUGCCCUACGCCUACCCUGGCCCCUCUCAGAUGCCCCACCACCACGCCAUCCCCCCUCCACACACGGGCUGGGCCCCGCAUGUCUUACCCGAACACUACGCGUACCACACCCCUCCGCCCUAUGGGACUAUGCCUCCUGUGGGGGGAGAGGCUCAGUACGGGGCGGAGGGGGACCCCCAAAUGCCCCUGCUAACAGAGAACCCCCACGAGGCCACAGUGCAGCUGGUGCUGGCCACCCUCAUCCAGGAGAUGAAGAGCAUCAUGCAGAGGGACCUCAACCGCAAGAUGGUGGAGAACAUCGCCUUUGGAACCUUUGACGAGUGGUGGGAGCGCAAGGAAACCAAAGCCAAGCCGUUCCAGACCAUGGUUCGGGGUGUGGCUGCAGUGAGGGACGAGGACAAGAAGGAGGAGAACAAGGCCAGCAGCAAGCCCCGGGAGCCCCUCAUGUCUCUGGUGGACUGGGCCAAGAGUGGAGGAAUGGAAGGCUUCUCACUGAGAGGGGCGCUACGACUUCCCUCAUUCAAGGUGAAGAGGAAAGAACCUCUGGAGCUAGCAGAGGUAGGAGAGAUGAAGAGACCCAAGACACCGACAGAGGAUGACGACGAAGACUUGUAUCAUGACAAGGGUCUAGAGGGAAGAAUGGCAGAUGGGGAGGGCCACAGGGCUGAGAGGAACAGCAGGCGGAGGAAGAAGAAGACGAGAAGUCGGAAACCUUGGGACCUGGACAGUGAAGGAGAAGAGACUUCUGACGGUUCUUCUUCAGAUAAGGAGGACGAGGAGGAGGGAAGUGACAAGGGGUCAGAAGAUGAGGCCUUGAGUGCAGACAGCGAUGAUGAGAGCCUCUCCUCAUCCACAGAGAGUUCUUCCUCCUCAACAUCAUCAUCAUCCUCUUCCUCUGAAGAUGAGGAGGAAGGAGAGCAGGCCGGCAGUGGACUGGACACCAUGGAUGAGUCUACGAUGGACAGCACAGCUCUGGACACAGAGAAGGGGGAUGACCGAGAAAAGUCUGCAGCUGCUGUUCCAAAAGCACCGCUCAGCGCCGAGAUCAAAGCUGAAAUUGCUGCCAGCAAGAAGGAUUCAUCAACACUCAGCUCAAACGCUCGUCCUCCAGCCCCCCGCCCCUCCUCCCCAAUUGUUAUUGUGCCUCCUCUCAAGAAGCAAAGGAAGACCGUCUCGUUCUCUUCCGGGGAGAGCGACUACAAACCCCACCUUCCAACGGUUCCCUUGUCCCCAUCUCCCUCCACUGCUUCUCCUCUCUUCUCCCACAUGAAAUCUCACCUUCCAGACUCCAUUUUCAUCGCCUCCACACCUGGAACCACCCCCUCCAAGACUCUCUCACUCCUCCCCUUUGCCUCCAAACCAGGCGAAGGCAAUGCCCUCUCUCCCUCCCCUGUUCUCACUGUUCCCUCGCCUGUACGCCCCGAAGACUCAAUAAAGAGCCCUGUCCCUCUGGUGUCCCCCCCAAUCACCCCCACCAAGUCCCCCAACAAACGGGGGGCCUCCCCCAAAUCCCCCGCUCCAGUGUGGGUGUGUCGCACCGUGCAGAACCUCCCCCUGGACCACGCCUCCAUGGUCAAGAUGGCCUUCGAGGAGGCCCCGCCCCCUGUCACAAAGGGCCGAGGCAGGGGACGCCCCAGGACUGUCAGCCUGUCGACCCCCACCUCGACCCCCUCCUUCCACACCCUCAGAGAGGAGGAGGAGGAGGGGGAGGGACUGCAGAGGCUGAGACUCAGUGAGCAGCUGGGAGCAUCCAGCCUGCUACAACUGGGCUCGGCCCCCACAUCUGAUCUGUCUGAUAUGGCCCUGAAGCUGGACCCAGACGCUGGAGACUCAGAGGAGACGGAGACGUCAGACGAGGCAGAGGAGCAGAAGGUGGAGGAGGAGAUGCUCCUCUCUCCCAAAGCCCUCCCCCUGGUUAUGGACCCACAGGCCCUGUCUGCCCUGCAGGAGCACAACUAUUCCAAAGCCCCCUUCCACCUCAUCCCUGCCCAAAAGAGGAGUGUCUCCAAACAGGAGCCUGGGGUGCUCCUCCCUGCAGACUUCAACCAUCACACCAUCUCUGGGGUGCUGGAAGCUCCUGAGGAGGUCAUAGGGGAACCCCUGCCCUCUAGGGACAGACACCAGGCUGAGUGUCUGUCUGGCAUGGGGCUGCUGUUUGAGGAUAGAGACAUGGCCAAGGCCUCUGUGCUGACACCUCUCACCCCAUCAGCCAAGAGGAAGGGAAUGGUGGCGAGGGGCAGGGAACUGGAGGAGAUGGGGAAAGAGAAGAACAAGAAGAGGAGGAGGAAAGAUAAGGAAAAUCUGGAGUUGCAGCAAACGAAAAAGCAGAAGGAACAUCAGACCAAGAAACAGAAGAAGAAACUAGAGGAGGUGGACCUGGAGGAGGAUGUGGACGUGGAGCAGCUGGAACCGGGUGAGCUGUCUAACACAGAGGACGAGGAAGAGGAAGAGUGGGACGAUGUGAGGAAGAGCGAGCGCCUCUUCCUCCAGGAGGCCGGGUUGACUUCGUCGCAGCGUUGGCCCAAGCCCAUCCCUGCCCCGGAGCCCAUCACGUUUGACCAGCGCAGCGAGUUUGAGCAGAUGACCAUCCUGUAUGACAUCUGGAACUCUGGUCUAGACAUGGAGGACAUGACACUGCUGAAGACGACCUACGAGAAGCUGCUGCAGGACGACCACAGCACCGACUGGCUCAACGACACACACUGGGUCCACCACACUGUUACCAACAUCCCCAACCCGCGGCGUAAGAAGAAGAGUGCAGACGGGCAGCUGCGGGAGCACGUGACAGGCUGUGCCAGGAGCGAGGGCUACUACGCCAUCAGCAGGAAGGAGAAGGAUGUCUACCUGGAUCUGGAACUGCCUGAGCAGGCCCUACUGGAGGCUGCCGACUACGACGCCUCUGGCUCAAACCGGCUGCUGUCCGAGAGACGGUCGGAGCAGCGCCGCCUCCUCAGUGCCAUAGGCAUCCCUGCAGUCAUGGACUCUGACCUGCUCAAACUCAAUCAGCUCAAGUUCCGUAAGAAGAAGCUUCGAUUUGGCCGCAGUAGGAUCCAUGAAUGGGGCCUGUUCACCAUGGAACCCAUUGCUGCUGACGAGAUGGUCAUUGAGUAUGUGGGCCAGAAUAUCAGACAGAUGGUGGCUGACAACAGAGAGAAGCGUUAUGCCCAGCAGGGCAUUGGGAGCAGCUACCUGUUCAGAGUGGACCACGACACCAUCAUUGAUGCUACCAAGUUAGGAAACCUGGCACGCUUCAUCAACCACUGCUGCACUCCUAACUGCUAUGCAAAGGUGAUCACCAUAGAAUCCCAGAAGAAGAUUGUGAUCUACUCCAAGCAAGCCAUUGGCAUGAAUGAAGAGAUUACCUACGACUACAAGUUCCCUCUAGAGGAAAAUAAGAUUCCCUGUCUGUGUGGAACAGAGAACUGCCGUGGGACGCUCAACUAGAUACAACAGCAUGACCACUCUCACACUGAGGUGUGGCAGUGCCCCGUUUCAGUCCCUCCUGUCCCCCUUCCACAACCCCCGACUAUAACCAAGAACAAAGCCACACCCACCACCAACAGCCCCCCUCCUGACCCCAAAGCCCACCUGCUCCUCCAGACUGUCAAACAGUUGUCUGUACCAUAUCCAGAAAACAGAGAGACAUGCAACGUUUGCACUGUUCACACGCUUUAAUUUACCUGGGGUUAUGUUUUAUUAUCUUAGGGGCUGUGAUACUCUCCUUCCCAGGGGUGUGAUUAAUAAUCGGGCCCCCUCUUCUGUACCCCAAACCCCUGAAAUGCAGCAUCAGUCUCCGCUGUAGCAGGAUUUAAUAACUUAGGACCACUUGUUCCCAUUCGGUCAAGGGUGGACAUUUUUUACCCCCCUGCCAACAGCCUUUCCUUGGAAUAGAGAAUGUAACUGUAACCUAUCAGAACUGGUUUUGUGUGUCUUGUCUGCCUCCGCACAGAUAAGCUCCCGCUAACCCAAACCCUCUGCCCACACACACCAAUCCGCACAUAGACGCACAGGAUUUACAAACAUAUUCAGGGUUUUAAAGGCGCUCGUUCGCAGCGCAGUUUUAGUUACACACUCUAAUCCAUUGGGACUUCAGUUAUGCAAGAUUUCCAAACAUGAAGAUUGUUUGAGCUUUGUCAUUUUAUAGUAUUGCAUAUUCUUAUUCUUGUUCUGAUUUAGUUGCGUGAGCUGUAGGUGGGUGUGUGACUCUCCCCUCACCAGUUUGUUUGGAUGAGAGACCAUAGACUUAAAUAUUUGUUUUUCACCAUGCUAAAUAAGAACAAAUCAUUUGUAGAUCAAAUAGUGUGUGACGUCACAUCAGUUUAUCUUUAAAGCUUAAGAUGGCUGCUGAGUUUUAGUCUGCAGGUUUAUCUCAAUUUGGAAUGCAUUGUUUGUUCCUUUUACGUUCUCCUUUCCCCAUUGUGAUGUUGUCCCUCCUCACGUUAGGAAGCAGAGAAAGGACCUGACCCGUGUGUAUCUGUGUUAAGAGAAUGUAUUCUUACGGGAGCGAGUAAGUUUUUAUUCCUGUCGUGUGAAUGUGCUCUCACUGUCAAUUAGUAGUUUUGUGCUAUUGAACAACCUGCAAAUGUCAGGUUGUCUGCGCUUUUUGUAUGACAUGGUCAAGGCACACUGUCAGGAAAACUGUUUCUAUGAAAUCUCCCUUAUUUGGCAAACCAUUAGACAAAUCUGUUCAAAAAAUGUUUUUAAUUUAAAUGUAACCUUUAUUUAACUAGGCAAGUCAGUUAAGAACAAAUUCUUAUUUACAAUGAUGGCCUACCCGGAUGACGCUGGGCCAAUUGUGCGCCACCCUAUGGGACUCCCAAUCACGGCCGGAUGUGAUACAGCCUGUAAUCGAACCAGGGACUGUAGUGACGCCUCUUGCACUGACAUGCAGUGCCUUGCGCCACUCGGGAGCCCGAACAUAACUCUGCCCCAUUGACCCCUAUACAAGUGUUGAGGUCUGUGUAUGUUGGACUUUGUCAUUGAGUGUGUGUUCUGAAUGGUUUUAAAGGGUGAACUUAUGUGUAGAUCAGAUCUGGUAAAUCUAGUUAAGUAGAUCUCGAGGGGUCAUUUUUCACUGUUAUCCAUGCUCUCUCAACUCAAGCAGUGCUGUCCCAAGUUUAAUCUUUGAUUGAGGUGUUUUAAAUGUCACAAGGCCCCUCCGUGUUCUGUUCCUUCCAGAGCAGAAAAGUAAUCUAUAUUUCUUGUUGCAACAGGCGCUUUUCAGUACAAACCAACCCUCUAACUUUAAAAUAAAAAGAUGGAAAAAAAGUUCUGACAAAUGUACAUAUUGUAGAGGUGUUUGUUUCUCGUAGAAACACACUGGUUCCAGUCUGUAAAUACGUUGUUCCUCUCCUACUUCCCAUGAGGAAAACUGUACAUACCUUCCAUUGUUAUUUUUUGUUUUUCCUUUUAAUUUGAUUUUAAUAUUAUUUGCAAUAUUUCUCUUGUAUUAAUGCGUUGGACUCUUUUAUUAAUGGUGCAUUAAAAUAUUUUUUAAGAAAA